GACUCUUGCACUGACGCUUCUCUGCCUCUGGCUGCGAGCCUCAGUCCUUCUUCUCCUAUGCUCCAUGGCCACCGUAACCAUCGGCAGACCCUAUUUCGACGCCCUCCUGCGCAGGGCCGAAUUACAUGCUCCCACUCAGCAUGUCAAGUAUGGCACUGAGCUCUACAGCAAUGUCACCAUCAGCAAGGCUGAGCACGACUACAUGGUUCAAGCACUACGAGAGUACCAUCUUCUCAAAAGCGCUCUAUUCCGUGGGGGCCUAACGGUCGAGACGCUGGACACCCUUCUCCAAGAUGAGGGCACUGCCACAAACGAAGAGCCAUCGGGAUACGACUACGAGUCAGAAACUACGCCCGUCCGAGCCAGAAGCAGAGCAUUCGCAAGCACAGAACACGACCAAUAUGCUUUCAGUCAAGACGUACACUCGGCAGCAUCUCCUCAUCAACGCCUUCGUGCUUCUGGAGAGCCUGGGACUUUCGCCCAUGGUCCAGAGAGCCAGCUAGAUGACGAUGAAGACGACCAGACACAGUCCCCGAGUCAGCUUAUUCCACUUCAUGCCCAGCGGACCGUACUAAUCACGAACCUACCGGAACGCACUAGCCACAAAGACUUGGCAAGCAUCGUACGAGGUGGAAGGCUCCUAGACAUAUUCCUCCGGAACGAUCGAUCAGCCACCAUCUCCUUUGUUGAAGGUGCAAGCGAAUUCCUCGCAUACGCCAAGCGUAACGAUAUAUACUUGCACACAAAAAGGCUCGAGUUCCGCUGGAACGAUAGACAAUUUCACGUGCCCUCACACGUAUCUACCAAGAUUGCCAAUGGAGCAACCCGGAACCUUGUGGUACGAAAUAUUGCCGGAAAAAUCACGGCAGAUCAGAUCAGGGAUCAUCUAGAUCAUAUCCACAACCUAGUUGUGGUCCACAUCUACUUUAAGAACGGAGAUGCACACAUAUCCACCAAUUCCAUCCACAACGCCCUCUUCGCCAGGACCUGCAUGAUGUCGCGCACUGCAUACAAAGGCGCACGCAUUGAAUACUACCCGGACGAAUGCGCUCAACCGCUGCCCCAACCUACAAAAGCCUAUGCUCAACCUCAACGCACUCACGUGAAAACUGCACCUCUGGUCAACCAAUAUGCUCUUCUGGACAUCGGUUCAGAUGAUGAGUCUGAGUCUGAUGAAGACUCAUAUGGUAUCCACGGCGUGCAGGUUGGUGGUUGUCGUUUGCCCAAUGGUGUAGCAGUAUAGGCCACUUGACAAGUAGCUGCUCACCCGUUCCGGCUCAGUGCAGCUGGAAACUACAGUGGCCUUAGUGCGCACGGGUGCCCUAGAAGCAAGUCAAGCGGAACUAGUCCUCUAUAUGGUCUCUCAACCUUGAAGAGGCUGGUGUCAAAUUUCGACUACUUUGAGCAUUUCCCAAAGAGAAUUAGAGUCGCAUAAGAUACGGCGGUUACUACAAAUUUUGCAGUACUAGGUGGGUUUAGUAAGCAGAGUGGUUGUGUGCGUAUCGCUGGGUCAAUCAGGCGUGGUAAUUUACAUCCCUACUCGAAGCGGUGGUUUGGUUCCUGUUUUUUUCUGUAUUGAUACCCUUGAACUUCUGUACCUCUGUCGGCGAGACUAUGCUCUUAAUAAUGGAUUGCGAAAGACCUU